AUGUGGUUUAUGUGUCACAAUGUUAAAGAGUUUACUGGCAAUGUUACCGGCGGUCGAAAACGAUGUCUAACCGAUAGACGUUUAGACGGUCAGGUGGUAGUGGUCACCGGUGCCAAUACCGGUAUCGGUAAAGAGACGGCAAAUCAAUUAGCUUUACGCGGCGCUAAGCUAUACAUCGGUUGUCGGGAUUUAGCCAAAGCUGAGAUCGCCGUAAAGGAGAUGCGCGACCAAAAUCCCAAGUCUGAUGUAACGGCACUCAAACUGGACUUAUCGUCGCUGAAAUCGGUUCGCGAAUUUGCCGCCGAUUUGGCCAAUCGCGAGAAACGGCUGGACAUACUGGUUAACAAUGCCGGUGUGUUUGCCUGUCCUGAAUGGAAGACAGAGGACGGCUUUGAGAUGCAGUUCGGAACUAAUCACUUGGGCUCAUUCCUAUUGACACUAUCAUUGACGCCACUGUUGAAACAGUCGCCGAGCGCCAGGAUUGUGAACGUAUCGUCGGCGGCCCAUAUGAUCGGUCACAUAGACUUCGACAACAUUAACCAACGAAACGGUAUAUACACACCGAUGAAGGCCUACGCCCAUAGCAAACUGGCCAACGUUUUGUUUACACGAGAACUGGCCAAACGUCUCGGUCCGAACAGUACGGUUAGGGUGUAUGCUCUGAAUCCCGGCACUGUUAAGACCGAUGCCCAACGACAUGUCACAAGUGCCGCCUUCGAGUGGUUUAUGAAACGGGCGUUUUUGACGCCCGAAAUGGGUGCACAAACAUCACUGUAUUGUUCACUCGAUCCGACUUUAGAUAACGAAACCGGAUUUUAUUAUGAUAACUGCAAACGUGUCAAUCGGUUGAUAUCGGAAGCCACCGAUGAUAAGGUAUCUGAGCGACUGUGGGAACUUAGCUGUCAACUCGUCAAUCUUGAAGAUCAUCUCAGAAGACUAUUUAUUAAGACACCUACCAGUGCCUGGAAUUAG